ACCUAGAUAACGUAACGAGCGCCACCAGCCACACUACUUCCUUCGAAAGCAACACAGAUGCCAUCGUGGGCGGCGAGGUUGGUGAAGGACAGGAGGCCGAGGUGGAGAGAGAAGCACAGGAGGGAGGUCACGAUACAGAAGUCCUCCAGCCUUCCCUAACGUUGCCGUCUUCAGAGGCCAGGCGGACCUCCUACAGGGCCAUCCUUGCCAACAGAUUGAAGCAACAGGAUGCAUCAUCAAGGCCGCCACUGUCUUCAGAGAACAGCUUCGACUCUGUGGACACGGAAUGUUCCUCCACCACGGACCUGAGCCGUCCUGAGGGUCUUACCACCAGUUUUGACUCCACUACGGACUGCCCCACUGACUCCACCAGUGACACCCACUCCCACCGCCUCCAGCAGAUGAAGGCCGACAGCGGCUACAGAAGUCUGGAGGUCAACAACAGUCGUCCUCCGAAACUGAGCAAAAAGCAAAUUCACUUUGUGGAAGAUAGUUUGGAGGUUACUGAAAUCGACAUCGAAAGAGAUCGUAGUCGGGAGAGACACAGAGACCCGGACUAUUUGUUUGACUCCCAGGACGAUGCUGGUGACCCGCAGAGUAAAAGAGAACGGCUGAGAAAAAGUGUGGCGCAGUUUGAGAGGCGUUGGGGCAAAUCUCACUCCAAGAAACGAAGGGAAGCCCUUCGAGAGAGACAUGCCUCUCUCGACACUGCCCUGGGAGGGUCCUUGAGUGGCCCAUUCAUUGCGGUUGGGGGCUCCCUUGAAGCAGAUGCCACAACUACGGACGAAAUCAGUGGGAAACGAUCAGUUCUGGCGAGGUUCCUCCGUACUCACCGCUACCCGGCGGCUCAUUAUCGCCUGCUUCAGCGGGAUUACUCCAUCGACGAGAAAUCUGACCGUUUAUUCAAAGAAUUCAGUCGUACGGAGAUCCCACUGGAAUGGGAGCCGGUCAGUCGGAGAGGCAGUCGGCUAUACACCGGACGUCGCCUCCAUCGUCACCUAGAUGCUGAGGGAUCACCGAGAUCACACCGCCGCAAGCUUUCCCCUCAGGAUUCUAUCGAAGAGGAGGACCAGGUAGCGGCGGCGUUGUGGGAGGGCGACGUAUCUAGGCCGGAAUCUUCGGCGGGGUCCAUUGGGUGCGAGGACAUACCUGCCUUCGCUCUACCUGAGGAGGCGGAAUGAAUAAACUUGUCUAUUCUCUCACAUAACGUAGAAAAAAAUUGAGUAUAACUAUGGAGAAGAAUCCCACUGCUCCUCAACGAAGAGUUAAAAACCAAAACAGUAAUCAAACGAUAUCCCAUACAUACAAUAACAGUGAAUAAAGGAUAACAGUAGUUGUCCUGUAAAGGUCAACUGGACGAAAUUGAAAAGUAAUGGACACAGCCUAAAGAGAAUGUCCUACUUGCUGCUACUGUUUCUAUGAUGGACAGCUUGUGAGUGAUUGUGAAUCCUCUUUGUAUUACUGAAAGAUAUAAUAGCAUAUCCUUCUCUUAAGAAUCUCGUCGACUAGUCUACUAUCAUUAAUUCUUCUUUACGAGUAUGUGGAAAAUGUGUUGGAGAAAACGACGUCAAAAGUUAAAAAAUGGAAUAAGACAAUGUUUACACAAUGCUUUUCCCAAUUGACUUUUAUCAGAAUGACGAGGGAAAGUCUGUGUUACCUAAGUAAACGAGAGUGAGUAAAACGUGUUAGUAAAUAUAUAGUAAGUGUUUAGCGAGUGUUUCGGUAACACUAACUUGGCUUCGAUUUAUACUGUAAAGCUCCAAGUGUGUUAUAGUCUCAGACGCUGUUAAUGAGAAUAUAAACAACAAUGCAAAUAUUAGUAUUACAACAUUCAUUACUUUAGUGAAUGAAGUAAAACAGAAGAAAGGAAAGGAUGAGAAAAUAGAAGAUAAAAGAAGAUCUAGAACGUGACAAGAGGAAAGUGUUAACAUGCGGUAAAGAAUGUAGAGUGUAGCCGUCUGGCAUCAAGGAACAAAUCACUACUGAUAAGGAUACUUAGUACACAUAUAGAGAAGUACUGAAUAGGUCCCAAUUAUAAUUUUAAUCUUACAAAUUACAACCGAGAGAUAUUAUUAGAGAGUACUUGCGCUACAAGGAGUGGUGGUAAACAUUAUUCCUUGUGGUGAGAUGUAGGAGUACUCGGCAAUACACAUUUGUGAUCAAUUAUAGCGUUAAGAAGUCUGUUUUAAGUGAUAGAUUUUAAUCUACUAGGCCUAUAAGUAGUGAAAUAUAAAAGCAUAGAGAAUCCAAGGCCGAGAUUGUAAGGAAUCUAUAAGCAAGAUGAACAGCAACCGGCGCCUCAUAACCUGUUAAGUUGAACAACCCUUAAACUUAUUCCCCUAGUAUCGCUACUAAAUUGAUUCACAGUAUAUUGUGUUAUAACACCUCGCAAUAGAUAUGUUAGACGCCAUAAUUAUCAACCAUCGCUUCUUUGUUCUGUUUAAGUUCCUCAGUAUCAUCGGGCGCAACCGUUUGCACCUCAGAAGUCUCUUUUUUUUUUUCCAAGACCACUAAACGUUGUCGAUUUUCAAAACUCAGAUUCAUAGUUUACAUCUGUUCACAAACUUUCUCUGUGAGAAGACCGAGUUUAUCGUCAAGAACCACUGACAGGGGACACUAAGGGUUUGCGGUGAAGCCUUCAUCAGACAUUUCCUUGACGUUCAUCAGUGGGUCUUGAAGCAAUGAGUGACUUCUCGAAAGCAAACACACAUCUGUGAUCAAUCGGCUGCUGUCACUUGCGUAAGAUCCAUUUGAAGAAUUGAGGCCUUUAUGCUGCAGUUAAUUUGUUCUGGUUAAGGAAAGUUAUAUUUCAUGAUGUCUAUGUUCUUCAUGAGCUGAGAAAUGCAGAGCUGCACGCAUGUGUAAAUUCUGUUGUAGGUGUUGCAUCGAUUUGAAAUUUCUACCAAAGGAAACUUUUGGACGCAAAUGUGAUGGAGAACAAGAAAAACUAGAGACAAAUAUCAUGUAAGUCUUAAUUGUGUGGAGGUACUCACCAAUAACUUAAAAUGAAAAGCCUCAAAACAGCAAACUCAAUAACAUACUGUAAGAUAUGCGAGGAGUGUUGGAGAUACAUCACUCUAAGAGCGCCCUAAUAGUAUAUAUAAAUAGCUGUGUCUCUCAAGCGAUUAUGUUUAGAUGCUCCCCUUCAUUAGGUCAGGUUCAUAGAGUCAUGGUAACGCUGUGUUGAUCUCACCCCACUCCGGGUAUUCUUAAGCAGAACAAGUUAGUCUACAGUAUGCUAACUAAGAUAAGUUAGAAAAGGUCUUAGACAAGAUCCCAGACACAUAUGAGUAGUUGGCUCCUUGUCGCUCGCUGCUGCUACUCUUGGUUUGCACGACCAGGGGAUUCUAUUCCUUCACGCAUUUACUCUCGAAAUUUUUUAUAUUCGAACUUCUUCUUUAACAAGUGAUGAUAAACGUGGUCAUGUUGCAUAAGGAAUCUGAUGUAAUAUUAGAUAAUUAGUUUAACAAUAGAAUCUGAGGUUGUGUUAGUGAUAUAGCUGUAGCGAGCGAAGCCUAUUCAAAACAGUUAGGUCGAAAGUCAUCCACAAAGUAACAGUUAGUAGAGUAUUUUACUUACGUGGUGGAACCAAGGUGAAAAUAUUAUUGAAGAGCUUGCUGGGUCACGGCAAGCGGGUCAUUCACGUAGCAAGAAUCCUGAAGAUUUACGGGUUUAUUCAACAGCAACCUGGUCAGUUCCGCCUGCAUAUGCCGCCACUCCCUAACGCGGUGUUAAUACAUAGUUUUAAUGCUGCACACAGUCUACUGUGCCGUAUGUUUGCUUCUUCAAGUUAUUUUGGGUUUAGCUAACAAGGGAAAUUGUGUUUAUUAAUUUUCUGACAUAAAUCUGUGUCAUUAGUGCAGCGUCAUUACAGUAUUUAAUAACCUUUCAAAAUAAUAAAGAAUGAAGAAGGAAUCUCCUUUAUCUAAUACAUAGCAGAGGGUGAAACCUGUGUGUGAAACACCUCCAGGUGUUCACAGAGGACAAGUGUAUAUCUCCAUGAUGGCUGGGGUACGCUUAUUGCUCUUGUUUCUAUAUUCAGCCUGAUUAGUUAAAGUAUAGACUCUUAAUAGUUUGAGGUUUUUGUGCGUUAGCCAAAGUCAACCAGUUUGGUACAUCUUUACAUAUUCAGUUACGAGGAAUAAUUCUCGUACGAACCUUUGUAAAGCUAGACCUUGACUAACUGUUCGUAGAAAACAUCAGAGUAAAAAGAAAUCACUUUUCUUCUUCCUUCUUCUACAUUAGGUACUUAAAGAUGUAUGGUUGAAUUAUUUAUCUAAUCUAUCACCUAACCAGUGUUGUCUCCACCUAUUCUACUUAACCACGUACCGUGCUCCUGUACACAUCCUCUGUGUGUGUGUGUGUGUGUGUGUGUGUGUGGAGCGAUCCAUCCAUCUAUAUAUGCUCCACUAAUUUCGUAUGAGGACAAUAACAUUGCUUUGAUCGAUUGUUAAUAAUAAUGAUUUUCUAAAAAGCUCAUAUAUGACUGAUUUGUAUAACUUUGUUGUUAAAAGAACCUCUAAUUGAUCAAUUAAAUUUAUUAUAAAACACAAAAACAGUUAAGGUUAAAACAGUUAAGGUUGAAACAGUUAAGGUUUGCCUCUAUGAAGUUAGUGUUGCAGGAAUAGGAUUAUAAACGAGCGCAUACAAGGGGAGAUGGAGGUGGUGGUAUGUGCAGGCGGGAGUGCCAAGGACGUAGCUGUACUUGCUUCUUAGAUCAGGAUUCUCACAUACAGUAAAGUGUUUAGGUAUACGCUCAUUUAAGUGUACACGUUAUAUACAAAGUACCCUAAUGUUAUCAUUAUUUACAGAUACCCCGGAGGAAGUCACAAAAUGUAAGCUUGGCUACAUACUUCAUCAUUUUCUCCAUAUAGCUGUAUUCUUCACCAUGUACGCUGAGACGUAGACUUAGAGGCGACAUUGUAAUGAACGCACCGCAGACGGCCAUGAUGCGUUCUUUACAAGUCCCCCCUUAAAUGAUGGAGUACAGACCCAAGUUUGGAUAUGUAACUCCUCGAAUGCCUCUGUAAAAUAUAAACAUUAGUGCACUGUGUAGGGCGACUAUGAUGUUGAGUUUGUGUCUUCACUAAAAAGGCUAAGUUGGAUAGUUUCCUACACUGAAUUUAAUAUUUUAUUUUUCGACCCUUUUUCGAGCCUUAACUAAACAAAUUAUAAUUUAUCAUCCAACUCCAAAAUAUAUGUUUUUGUCAUGUUUAUAUUCAACGUUAUUCUUUUCAUUUGACGUUUUCUUCACUAACUUGAAAACAUUGUCAGUCGCUUAAUACUCAGCAGGAUGUGGACAUGCUCACACCCGUUUCAAUGUACACUAAAAAAAAAACACACUUUAAUCCUGGAUUGAUUUUCCUCUUUAUGUCAACGUAAAUAUACUCUUACAGUGACGACACCAGCGGAUCACGAACCUUGUUUAGGGCGUCGAGGAGGCUGACAAUGCCAUGUCUCCAUACCUCUUCUGAUUCUCCAGCUCAGAUACUCACUUGAUUAGCCAGCAGUAUGUCAAGUUGUGACAGCUAAAUAUAAACAGGAAAAUUAUAGUGACAGUUAUUGUCUAUUCAUAUCUCAUAAAACCGGCCACUAGUUUCUUAACGUUAAAUUGGCUGGAUAGCUUGUAUCCUAAGCCCUUGCUAUUCAGCCCUGAGUGUUAAACGCAUCUCAUUAUUAUUUAUGUCGCUCAUGGUCAAUAUAUUCCAAGAACUGUACGAGGAAAGAUUUUCGUAAUUAAAGAUGAAAAAGACACCUAACUAGUUAACUUAAUUUGAAAUAUAAUUAUCAUCAAAUUUACACCGAUACAUUAAUUGGAUACGUUGAUUUAACAUUAAUUGGCAGACGAAAACAGAAUUAGAUAACACCUGGAAAGAAUCGAUACCUUACUUUGGGUAUCUUAACCAGUACUAAUUAAACGUAUCUAAUUAAGACCGAGUCUCGGCACAAGUUGACGUUAUAUCAUUUUUGUGCUUUAGCUCAACUCGACCAGUUAGAUACAUUAUUACAACUUAAGAUACGAGAAAUAUUCAUAGGUAAAUUACUGGAACAGUAAUCACAGAAGGUAUUUAAACAUUCAGUAAUUAUUCUCAUUAAAUUUGUGUUUGAAAAUAUAUAAACUUCGCCUUUACCAAAUGAAACAUACAGGGGUAUUUAUGAAAGGAAAACAGAGCUGAGUUAGGAGAGUCAGAACACGGCAUGGGAUACUGUACACCCCUUCCAUUCCAAUUUGUUUGGUUCCUGUUUGCUUGGAUAAGUUCCGUCUGAGUACAGUUCUGUAUUUGUGGAACAUUGAUAAUAAUAUUUCAUGGCCCGUGACAGUGACAUCGUUAUUAUACUGUACUAUAGUUGUGAAAAGCAUCUGUGUACAUUAUGACUUAUGCUCAGACAAGAAACUUAAACAGGCUGAACAUUUUAACCCGACCCAAAUUCCUUAAACGUCUGUUCGUAAGUGUCUUCUCCCGAUCGAGUGACUUGCUAUACGUGCCAAAAAUUGACUGGUCUUAAACUUCACUUGAGUACAUUGAUGUGCCAGUCUUGUAAAAACUAUAUUUUCUUUCCCGUUUCUGUGUUUCUGAUCAUUUGUUCUAAGUAGACUAACUAGUCACACACCAACUCAAAUCCUCUCACCCAUGCAUGACAAGUCCAAACCCUCAGUUCAGCGGCUUUAACAGUUAACAUAUGCGAAUACUCUUAAAUAGGUUCUGAUAUACGAGUAUUUAUAUAUAUAUAUAUAUAUAUAUAUAUAUAUAUAUAUAUAUAUAUAUAUAUAUAUAUAUAUAUAUAUAUAUAU